AUGCUGCACAAGAACCCCACGGUCAAAGUAUUUUCUCAGUCACAACCGUCAGAAAAAGCCAGCCCAGACGCCCUGCCAGCUGAUAUUGUCAAUGCUAUAGAAGUUGACCAAGUAGAUACUGGUUUAUACACGUCCCGCGAAUUAUGGAAGCCCUUUGGCGCUCGUGGUGUGUUUGGUGGUCAGGUAGUGGCUCAAGCCCUCCGCGCAGCCGCCAACACGGUUGACGCAUCGUUCUACGUACAUUCUAUGCACUGCUACUUUAUCCGUGCGGGCGAUAAUGAUCUCCCCAUUCUUUUCAAGGUAGAUCAUUUACGCUCGGGUAGAAGUUAUGCCACUCGAGUGAUCAAGGCUACUCAGAGGGGCAAGGCUAUUUUUACUGCCAGCGUGAGCUUUGCUCAAGACGAACCUGGUCCUGUUCUUCAUCAUCAGCCUCAAAUGCCUUCAGUACCGCCACCUGAAUCUCUGCGUACUCAUGCGGAAGUCGUAUCCGUAAUGCUGGAAAAGAAUAACCUUAGUCAAGAAGAGCAAGACCGACUGCUUUUAAGAGUACAGGAGACUGCAGCUUUGGAUAGCAGAUCUGUUGUACACAAGUCAGGCAAACAGGAUCGUCAGUAUACCUGGUUGAAAACUCAAGGACGUUUGGAGGAUGAUGAUCGUACCAUCCACGCUUGCAUCGCAGCCUAUGCUUCGGAUAGAGGGUUCAUUAGCACAGCCGCCAAAACACAUGGUAUGACGGGUAGAGACUUUGGACUCAUGGUUAGUUUGGAUCAUCAAAUAUGGUUCCAUGCUCCUUUUCGAACCGAUGAAUGGCUAUUGUACGAAACUACUUCCCCUACGACGAACAAUGGCCGUGGUUUGUGCAUGGGCCAACUAUACACUCGUGACGGCCGUUUGGUUGCCACUACAGUGCAAGAAGGGGCAUUGCGUUUGAAACGACAAUCAAAGGCUUGA